AUGGUCAUGCUCGGUCUGUUUAUUUUUCAGUUGUGUUUUGCUGCUUCCAUGGUAGCUUUGAAUGGUCAGAACGGUCGCCUGAGCACGGCAAUGUUGAUCCUGAACGCUAUCCUCGUAGGAUGCUUGGUCCUAUUCUUUGAUUUUGUCGUUGGUGUAAACGUGCUUGGUGUCACGCCAUACGUAUGGGGCGACAAGGAUGGCGAAAGUCGGUUGUUCACUGGGAUAGUCCAGGCAUUGCGAGAACGACAGGCGACUAGAGUUGCCGACAAAGCCUUUGCACUGCAUGAGGUCUUGAGAAGCAUUGGUAUUUCGCGGGCUGCUCAAUUUGAACUGCAGCAGAACGUAAGUGAUGUGUAUCAUAGAUUGUUUAUUGAUCUUUUGCAUCGCAAAACAUCAUUGAUCAAUCUUUUGAUUGAUGUCGGUGGGCCGGAAACCUUUCCAGAUGUCCCGUCGUGGGUACCGGAUUGGAGAUCCUCUCAUAAGAACGACUGGGGUCAAUCAGAAUUCAUCUCUCACCAUACGGUAAUCUAUGGUGCAGGCUUUCCAGAGCCACAAAUGAUGAUAUCACGAGACAAACUCGGUCUAUGGGCAUGUCGAAAAGGCACAGUGAGAGAACCGCUCCCAGGUAUGACAAUGGAUAUCAACCUUCCAGGGAGUGAUGGUGGUGUAGAGGACUUCAAACGCCUGGUUAUUAUAUAUGUCGAGGGCAGAGACAUAUUCAUUACAACGGAAGGAAUCUACGGCACCGGGCCGCCUGGGAUGGCAGCGGGAGAUGAAGUCAUGUGGCUCAGAGGCGUGGCUGUCCCCAUGAUUCUACGACCCGUUGAAGAAGAAGACAGUGAGUUCAAAGUGAUUGGUCCCGCUGUGGUUCCUGGAUUUAUGGACCUGUUGGCGUUUAAUGGAGCAGUCCACGGUGACGGCUGGGAGCUUGUUUACCUGAUCUAG